CUUAGCCUGGAUGAUAGCAUGAGCACGCUGCUUUGUAUUAAAGGAGGCAACGCUGUUGGUGCACGAAAAAAGUCUAUGGGCACGCACUAUAAGCGUCCAGGACCGCCAACCACUAGUAAAAAUGGUGGUCGUUUAUCAUUUGGCAGCUCAGAUCCACCGAGGGAAAUAUUACGCGAAGCUUUUGAUCAUAAUUGUACUGUCAAGACGCCAGCGCGUUUUAAGAUGUUUGCCUCACGUUUUGGCAUGGGCAGUAGUGGUAUAGGCGGCGGACAUUUCAUACCACGCGACGAGCAGCGGCGACAUCGACAACGUAAUCUGUUAUCGGGUGUUCAGCGUCGUAAUCUGAAGCUCCGUGCCUCUGGCGCAUUCUGCACUUCUACACCGCGCAAGAGCCGGCCCUAUAACGAUCUUAAGCGCAAAUUCGUGAAAAGUGAUCCCUUAUCAGAGGAUCAAUCAGGUCUACAGCAGAAGGAUGGCACACCGCAUCUGUCUACCGCUGAACUACUGACAAUGACAUACGGACACGGGCGCAAGUUGAGCACCUGCCGACGCCAAGACACCACGCACUUCAUUCUGUUUGCACGGAAAUAUCAUUGCAAAGACCAGAACACGCAUUAAAUUUUCUCCAAAGGAGCAAUUAUGUUAUCAACGAACACAGCAGCGAAGCAAAAUCCGCC